AUGGAGGAUCUUUAUGUGGCGAACACCAUUUUUGCCCUCAAUUUCUUUAAGCAACUGGUGAAAAUAAACCCCACUGAGAAUCUCUUCUUUUCCCCAUGGAGCAUCUCAUCCACCAUGGCCAUGGUCUACUUGGGUGCCGGGGGCGACACUGCAGACCAGAUGGCACAGGUGCUUCAGUUUAACAAGGUUGGAGACCACGGACUUGUCCCAGUGUCCCAGAAGAACUUCACCGGCUGUAACAUCAUGCAACAGAUCCAGAACACGACGUACCCUGACGGCAUUUUACAGGCCCAAACUGCAAAUAAAGUCCAUUCAUCCUUCCAGUCUCUCAUCUCUGCAAUGAAUUCAUCCUCCGGUGAUUACUUAUUGGAAAGCACCAAUCAGUUGUUUGGAGAGAAGUCCAUGAGAUUUAAGGAAGAAUACAUGCAGCUCUCUAAGAAAUAUUACUCUACAGAACCCCAGGUAGUGGACUUUCUAGACUGUGCAGAAGAAGCCAGACAAAAGAUUAAUUCCUGGGUCAAGACUCAAACCAAAGGCAAAAUCCCAAACCUGCUACCAGAAGGUUCGGUGGAUGAGGAGACCAGGAUGGUCUUAGUGAAUGCUGUCUACUUCAAAGGGAAGUGGAAAACUCCUUUCCAGAAGAAAUUAAAUGGGCUUUAUCCUUUCCGUGUGAAUGCGACUGAGCGCAAACCUGUACAGAUGAUGCACUUGCAUGAAAAGGUGAACAUUGGGUACAUUGAAGACUUAAAGACUCAGGUGGUAGAACUCCCAUAUGCUGGUGAUGUCAGCAUGUUCCUGUUGCUUCCCGAUGAAAUUGUGGAUGCGUCUACUGGAUUGGAGUUGCUGGAAAAUGAGAUAACGUAUGACAAACUCAACAAGUGGACCAGCAAAGACAUACUGGCCGAAGAUGAUGUUGAAGUGUACAUACCCCAGUUCAAGUUGGAAGAGCGUUAUGAACUCAAACCCAUCCUGAGGAGCCUGGGUAUGAGUGAUGCCUUCAACAAAGGCCAGGCCAACUUCUCAGGAAUGUCAGACAGUAAUGACCUGUAUCUGUCUGAGGUGUUCCACCAGGCUGCAGUGGAGGUUAAUGAGGAGGGCACAGAGGCAGCUGCUGGCACCGGGGCCACAAUGUCCGGAAGAACUGGCCAUGGAGGCCCACAGUUUGUGGCUGACCAUCCUUUCCUCUUCUUUAUCAUGCACAGAGUGACCAAGAGCAUCCUGUUUGGGGGCAGAUUCUCCUCACCCUAA